AUGGAGAAACCCAAGGUCAUUGGACCCGAUGGUCUUACUCCCAUCAAUCUCCAGAGACUGUCUGAUAUUCGCAUCACCACUGAGGUGAUUUACGACGUGAUCACCAACUGCAACAUGAUAAGCCUGGAGGAGAGCGUCCAUGCUCCUGCAGCUGUUCGCAACAAAGCUCGCGCUGAUCGUAUUGCUGGCGUGCAGACGGUCUCGGCUCGCCUCAAUUCUCGUCGCUUCGCCCAGCUGGAUGUGGAUGAUACUCCUAAGCUCCACAAUGCUUCGAAGGACAUUGAGAAGGCCAUGAAGGCUGAAAAGGACAAGAAAGCUGCUGAUUCUCGUGCGACUACUUUGUGUACCCCCGCUACCGCUAAGAAGCAUUCCAGCAUUGAUCCCCGCGCCAAGCCCUUUGUUCCUGCUGGUGCCCCCGAGGCUGCUGGGUUCAAGGAUCAAGUCGCUCAUGCACCUCUGAAGAGUACUCCUCGCAAGGCCACUACUGGAUCCAAGAAGGCAACUCCCGUCAAAGCCAAUGGCGAAAGCAAGGAUGCAGACAACGACUCCGUUGCUAGUUCUAAGGCAUCCCAGAAAGCCGAGUCCACCGGAGACAAGGAGUCCACUGGCUCUCCCAAGAAGCCCAGAGGUCUUACUGCCCCGGCUGAUUUCAUGAAGCAAGUCCGUUUGCUCCAUCUGCAGAAGCAGAUGGCCCCAAAGGCUGUACCUACGGGACCUCCUCGCCGAAUCAUUUUCGGAAAUCUUCCUGAGUGGGCAAGUAUCUCCUGUAUCUUGCAGCUUGUUUAUGGGGGUGCCAUCGAGUGCGCUUGGGGUGAGAAUGGUGAAGUUGCUGUGCAGUUUGUUAAUCAAGAUGACUGCACCACGUACUAUGAGAACCACUCCGAUGGCAUCAAAUUGAAGGAUGGUGAUGAAGAUCUCACUAUUUCUAUUGCCAUGCCGGAGGAGGGUCUGCCGGACAACGCCGAGCUUUUGAACCGUGUCGAAGAGGGUGCGUCCCGUGUCAUUUGUCUCUCCGGUCUUCCCGCUGGCUUCAAGACUAGCGACAACGAAAAUGUCUUGGGUAUUGCCAUGGACCCUGUCUGGGGUAGCAAGAGCUUCGAGCGUAUCCUGAUCAAGCAGGCCGAGUCUGGUGUUGAUGUUCAAAUCUUCUUCUACGACCUCCACGAUGGUUGGGACUUUUUGCACAGCAUUAAGGAGGGAGCGUAUGACUGCAUUGCCAGCUUUGAAGUUGACCCAUGCGCUCUUGCUCAGGGGUUCCACUUCAUGGAUGAGCCCAACUUGAUGUUCUCUGGAAUCCUCGCCGUUGAUUAG